GCUUCGCUUCGUUUCGUCGUUCCUCGUAAAUUUCUUCUUCGCCAAUCGCCAAUUCGCCAAUUCUGCAUCAUUCUACGGAACGUCUAAUGGUAUGCCAUUAAUGUUGUGACGUGUUAUAUAUAUAUUUUUGAAGAAUAUAUUCGGCGCAAGAUUGGUGCGGCGUGCGGUGGAAAAGACGGCGCAAAAAAGUAUCGUAGUUUUAUGUUUACAGUAAGAAAAAAUGAUGCAGGAUGAAGACUUGGGUGGUUCAGUGAGGAAAAAUGUUUUCAGUCAAGGGAUAAUAAGAAUAUCACAGAUUUAUCAAAGAUACUUAGAUCUAUGGACUCCCCAUGUAAUAUCGCGAUGGAUAUUUGCUUUUUUCCUACUAGUACUUUUUAUUCUACGUAUAUUUAUCUCUCAAGGCUGGUAUAUUGUCACGUAUGCACUAGGAAUUUAUCACCUCAAUUUAUUCAUAGCAUUCCUUACUCCAAAAAUUGAUCCUGCUAUGGAUUUCGAUGACGGAGAAGGCCCAGAGUUACCUACAAGGUCAAACGAAGAGUUCAGGCCGUUCAUUAGAAGAUUACCUGAAUUUAAAUUCUGGUACUCAGUAACAAAAUCUACUGUUGUUGCCAUGAUAUGCACUCUAUUUGAUUGCUUUAACAUACCAGUAUUCUGGCCGAUACUUGUUAUGUAUUUCAUAACAUUAUUCUGUAUCACAAUGAAGCGGCAAAUAAAGCAUAUGAUCAAGUACAGGUAUCUACCUUUCACUCAUGGCAAACCAAAAUAUCAGAACCAUGAAGAUACUUCGCGGUUAAUAUCGUCAAAAUGAAUAGAAGUGAAGAAUAUAUUGUGUCUGUACAGAGAGUUGGGGGAGGGGGGGGGGGUUGCGAGGAGAGGACGUAAGAGCGUUUACAUUUUAAUUUUUCCCAGUACAGGGCGAGGAAUAUAGCAAAAGAAAAAGAUUUUUUUAGCGCCAUUAAAAGGAAAGGAUAUUGCCUUGUACAAGAAAGGAGAUCGAGUCCUCGCAAGGACUUGUAACUCUAAAUUAUAUAAUGUACGGUAUAUACACUGGAUUAUCUUAAUAUAUUUGUAUCAUAAAACUUGUACAAAAUAUUGUUAGCUCUUAUUUCAUUAAAAGAAAUGAAGAAAAAAAAUAUGGUCACAUCGAAGUUGUUGUAGUUGUCAAUGUAAUAGACGAAUGUAAGCGGUUCAUAUAAAGACAAAGAUUUAUUCGUAGUUAA